GAAAAACGCUCAUGACGACUUCAGGCUGCGACGGCUCUGAGCAGUCAUUAGUGUGAUGUUAUGCAGCAAGCUGCGAUUUAAUAACAUUUUUACGAAUUUAAAAGCCAACUGGUCUUUUUAUAUAUUCUUAAAUUGGAGCUCCGCUGUCACCCCACAGCCAGGAUGCUGAACACAGAGAAAGAAGCAGCUGAUGCAGUAACAUCUAUGGAGAAGAACAAGGAGAUGGAAAGAAAAAAAAGGUCUCGAGUUAAACAGCUGCUCAGCGACAUAAAGAAGCAAGUGGAGUUUUGGUUUGGAGACGUCAACCUGUACAAGGACCGCUUUCUGAAAAAGCUCAUCGAUGAGUCCGACAAAGGAUAUGUUGAUAUUUCUGUUUUGACGAGCUUCAGUCGGAUGAAGAAACUGACAACUGACACUAAACUGAUUGCCAGAGCACUGAGAAACUCAUCUGUAGUGGAGCUCAACCUCGAAGGAACUAAAGUCAGACGUCAACAUCCACUCGGAGACCCACCGAAAAACGUCGACGACCGCACAGUUUACGUGGAACUUCUGCCUAAAGAUGUGAAUCACAGCUGGAUAGAACGAGUGUUUUCAAGGUGUGGGGUGGUUGUGUACGUUAGCAUCCCGCGCUACAAGAGCACCGGUGACUCUAAAGGGUUUGCAUUUGUGGAGUUUGAGAAGGAGGAACAAGCACAGAAAGCCAUUGAGAUGCUGAACAAUCCACCAGAAGAUGCUCCAAGGAAACCAGGGACUUUCCCCAAAACCCUCUGCAGGAAGCCGAUUCCUUUUCCAGCUGACAAUCCACCACCGCGUGAAGAAGAGAAGAAGAAGAAAAAGAAGAAGAAAAAGAAGGACGUUACAGCAGAGCGAGCCCCAGCAGAGAAAAUCCAAGAGAUGGAAGCUGAACCAUCUGAGGAGAAGAGGAAAGACCCAGCUGCCGGUUGUGAUCCAGAGGUGGCCAGCACGCACAAAACGCCGCCUAAAGCAUCAGAGAAAAAACGCCGCCGCUCACAAGCGGCAGAGGCUACAGAAGGUGACAUACCGUCGAAGAUUAGAAGAAUAAGUGAAAGUGAGUCUGGACAGAAGGACAAAGAUGGAGCGAAGAUUGAAUCACACGCUGAAAGUGACACUGAGGAAAAUGUUGAGAAAGGGAAAGACAACGGUGAUGACUCAGCCGUGAAAGCGAGGCGGAAGAGAAAAAAGAAGAACAAAGAGAAGCUGAAAAUCGGAGAGGAAGUCAUCCCGCUCCGCGUUCUGUCCAAGAAAGAGUGGCUGCAGCUGAAAGAGGAGUACUUGGUUCUGCAAAAACGCAGCAUGGCAUCGCUGAAGAAGACCAUCAGGAAGAUUAACGAAGACAAAACCCAAGAUGGAAACGCUGAGCUGGAAAGCAAAAGUGAAAAAGAAACCAACCAUGGCCCUCAGUUCAUCAGCGGUGUGAUCUUGAAGAUCACUGACAGCAAACCGUUACCAUCCAGGAAGAUCAUCAAGGAUACUCUGUCCAAGAUAUCUCCAGUGGCUUAUGUUGACAUCUUGGAAGGAGAUGUUGAGGGUCACAUCCGUUUUCACACCUCAGAGGAAGCAAAAGCGGUCUGCAACGUUAAAGAGGACCUGCAGAAGGAGCACAGCUGGAAACUACAGAUUCUUAAAGGUGACCACGAGCAGCGGUACUGGCAGAAGAUCUUGGUGGACCGUCAGGUCAAGCUGAAUCGACCCAGAGAAAAGAAGCGAGGCACAGAAAAGCUCAUAUCCAAAGCUGAAAAACUCAUUAUCUCACAAGCCAAGGAGGCACAUAAGCACAUCCAUUUUGACGAGGACUGACACCCGCUGGAGACACACUUCAGAUGAUCAGCUGAUGAAGAAGGGUGGUCCAAUGGUCCAGAUGAUCCCUCAAGUGUUAUUUUUUUCUGAUUAGUGCGGGAGCCCCCAAGGUAACCCUAGGGUGCUGCUAUGCAUAUAUUGUGUUUUGUUUACCUGAGAGUGGCUUUUACGUGGAGGUCCUGUGUAGAUGUAAAUAUGCUUUUGAAGGUUACUCCAAUCAAGAGAUGAUUAGUACAUCUGUUCUGAAUAAAAUAUAAUCUUGUGAUUACA